AUGGCUGACUUCAAUAUCGGCAGCGUCCGGACCGGCAGUGUCCGGGCCAACGGCAUCAACUUCCACUACCUGGAGAUGGGCGAUGGCCCCCUGGCCAUCUGCCUGCACGGGUUCCCCGACCACGCCUGGUCCUUCCGCCACCUGCUGCCUGACCUGGCCGCGGCCGGGUUCCGCGCCGUGGCCCCGUUCAUGCGCGGCUAUGCUCCCACCGAAGCCUCGGCCGACGGUCGGUAUCAUUCGGCCCUGAUGGCCCGGGACGCGGUGGAACUCAUCGGCGCGCUGGGAGCCGACCGCGCCUACCUGAUCGGCAACGACUGGGGGGCCGGCGCCGUGGUGGGAGCCACGGCCCUUGCGCCCGAAAAGGUCAUCAAGCUGGUGACCAUCGCCUCCGGCCGCGUCGACCGCGAGCUCAGCCUGGACUUCCAGUACCUACAGGGCACCUGGCACGGGUUCUUCUUCCAACGCCCCGACGCCGAGGAGGCAGUGGCACACAACGACUACGCCUUCGUGGAGGAGUGGUGGCGCUGGGCGUCGCCGGAGUGGGACAUUCCCGCCGAACCCCUGGAGAGCAUCCGGUCAACCUUCCGCAAGCCCGGCGUCGUCCAGGCCGCCCUCGGCUACUAUCGCGCCCGCUACGACGCCUCCCAAGUGGACGAUCAGGUGCGCGCCGACCAAGCCGUCAUCCAGGCCGGCCCCGUCAGGGUGCCGACGCUGGCGCUCCACGGCACUCGUGACCGGCCCAGGCGGCUGGAGUCGUUCCUGAGCUCAGGGAUGUAUUCCUACUUCUCCGGCGGACUGGAAAAGGUGAUCAUCCCCGGCACCGGCCACUUCAUGCACCAGGAACGGCCCGAAGAGGUCAACCCCAAGAUACUGAAGUUCCUGGCCCGCUGA